CCCAUGUUUGUUUUGGAAGAGUGAUUGGCAUGUGUUGUCUUUUUUAAAUAUUAUUUUUUUUCUGUUUUAAUAGGAAUUGUACAGAUUGCUAAUUUAGCUAGCAACUGCUAGCCAGCUAGCUUCUUAGCAUAGCAUCUUCUUCAAGAGGCACGUUGACAUUAGCCUGCCAGCUAGCAAGAUCUUAGGAUCGCUAACGUUAGCGAACUGUCACACAAUUACACACCGUCUCGUCGUCAAGAAAUUGCGGUGUGAAGCUGGUCGUUUUAAGACGCUGUCUUUUAUGGGAUCACCAUGUCAAUGAAGGCCGGUGGAAAUCGCAGCAAGCCCGGCGGUGGCAACGCCGCUGGUGCCCCUGCCUCCGGUGCCGGAGGAAGCGGCGGUGGAAGACAGAAUCUGGGCAGGGGAAGACACAGUGGUAAAGGUCCUGCAGCAGUCAUUUUCAAUGGUGUAUAUGCAAAUAUGAGGAUGGUCCAUGUCUUGACGUCAGUGGUGGGGACCAAGUGUGAGCUGAAAGUGAAGAACGGAGCAGUCUAUGAAGGAGUAUUUAAGACAUAUGGUCCAGAGUGUGACUUGGUGUUGGAUGCAGCCCACAGAAAGAGCCCAGAGCCGAGCAUAGGUCCCAGGAAAGAGGAUAUUGUGGAGAGCAUCAUUUUCAAGGCCUCAGAUGUGGUAGUAGUGACCUUCAAAGACGUGGACCUGAAUUUCGCCAGGAAAGACAACUUCACAGAUGCAGCGGUGAGUGGUAGGAUCAAUGGUGAGCAUAAAGAGAAAGAUCUAGAGCCCUGGGAUGGAGGAGAGACCCACAACUCUGACAGCCUUGAGUCUCUCGAUACAGAUGUGUCAAAUGGGUGGGACCCUAAUGACAUGUUCAAGUACAAUGAGGAGAAGUAUGGAGUCUUGUCUACAUAUGACAGCAGCCUGUCCACAUAUACGGUCCCCCUGGAGCGGGACAACUCAGAGGAGUUCCUCAAGAGGGAAGCGCGUGCUGCCCAACUGGCAGAGGAGAUUGAGGCCAGUGCUACAUACAAGGCCCGUGUGGCCCUGGAGAAUGAUGACCGCUCUGAGGAGGAGAAAUAUACUGCUGUGGUGCGAGGGGAAAGGGAGACUCACACACUUAGCAGAGAGAAUAAGUACAUUCCUCCAGGUCAGAGGAACAGGGAGGCGAUGUCAUGGGGGCCGGGACGCCAGAAUUCACCUCGUCUGACUCAGAGCUCAGCUGGGCCCUCAACUCCUCGACCAGGACCUCAUGACUACAGUCCCAGCUCCGGUGCUGACCAGAGGGUGGUGAACGGAGGUUCAUCCCAUUGGCCCUCACCCUGUCCGUCUCCUUCCUCCCGCCCCCCCUCUCGUUACCAGUCUGGCCCCUCCUCCCUGCCUCCUCGGGCAACCACGCCCACCCGGCCACCCUCCAGACCCCCCUCUCGACCUUCCAGGCCUCCCUCUCAUUCAUCCCACCCCUCCUAUCCCUCCUCCUCAUCCUCCUUUUCCCACCAUGGGCCCACGUCGCCAGCCUCCACUCUGCCCAAACGCAUGUCUUCAGAAGGUCCACCCAGGAUGUCUCCAAAAUCCCAGCGGACGCCUCGUGCUCACAGAGUGCCACCCAGCCGGACCACUGGUGUCCCUCCAGGAGUGGACUUAAUUUCCCACAAUGCCCCUGGGGAGGUACCAGUGACUCCCCCAACUAGGAGCAACUCCUCUGGAGGCACAUGGUCCUCAGUGGUUAGCGGAGCUCACAGACCUCGCUCCCCCCGACAGAAUAGUAUGGGUGGGGCGUCCCCUGGCUCCUCCUCCCUCCCGUCACCCCAGACAGGAACAGCUCCUGUGGAAACUGCUGCUACACCAACAUCAGUUUCCUCUCCUACUGCUGCUAGCCCUGCUCCCAACAUGGUCGCCUCUCCAUCAGGAGAUGCAAAAGAGUGUCGUGUUCAGGAGACAAGACAAACAUCCCCCACGGCAAACAAGGAGAACAUCAAGCCUUUGGACAGCUCACCUAGUAUCACCAGACCAGUCUGUAAAGGACCCCCUUCUAUGGCACCAGACCACAGAAAACAAAUAGAUAAUUUAAAGAAAUUUAGUGUAGAUUUUAGGUUGCAGUCUAGUUCAAACCCAGACCCUGCCUUUGACCAGAUGAUGACCAAGCCACCCAGAGAUCAAGCAGACAAGCCUAAAGACCUUCCCCUGGACAAAGCCUCCACAGUGGGGCGAGAGGGCACUGAAGAGGGUGUUGUAGGGAUUGCUGCUGGCACCCCCGGUGGUGCCCCUGCUCCAUCCACUACCACCACAAACACCAGUAAGCCUGGCAGCCCUGCUGCACUGUCCCCGUCUCCCUCAGCCCCGGACCAAAAGAGGGCAGGGCUGGAUGUGACAUCGCAGGGAGUUCAGACGACAUCCACAUUCAGUGGACCCAAGCAUGAAGAGAAAGAGGAGAAAAAGGAGGCUGUACAAGAUCAAGUGAGAAAAUCAACCUUGAACCCAAAUGCCAACGAGUUCAAACCCAGGUUCAAUACACAGCCCAAACCAGCCAACACCCCAACACCCCCCCGGCCUCAGGGCCAGCCCAGCCCCUCCAUCGUGGUCCAGCAGCCCCCGGCUGUUUACAGUCAGACAGUCUGCUUCCCCCAGAUGUAUCCCCUCACACCAGUCAGCCCUGGAGUGCAGUCUCCAGCUAUGUACCAGGUUCAGAUGCCUCAUAUGACGGUCAGCCAGUCUAAACCCUACAGACCAGUACCCAACAUGACCCAGCAGAGGUCAGACCAGCACCACCCACCAGGCACGCCCACCAUGAUGCACCCAGCGACGGCAGCAGGACCACCUAUUGUAGCACCAAGCCCUGCCUACUCUACCCAGUACUUCACCUGCAGCCCGCAGCAGUUCACCAGUCAGCCGCUGGUCCAGCAGAUGCCUCACUACCAGUCACAGCCGCAGCAUGUGUUCAGUCCGGUAAUGCAGGGGAGCGCCAGGAUGAUGGCACCUCCUACGCACGGACAACCCAGCCUCGUCUCUUCCUCAACUACACAGUACCCAGAGCAGACACACACCAUGUAUGUGUCUCCAGGGCCGAUGCCUCAGCAGUACCCCCACCCCAGCGCCACCUUGCACCCUCAUCCACAGCACCCCCAGCCCUCUGCCACGCCUACAGGCCAAGCCCAGCAGGGUGGUCCCCCACAACAUGGAGGUCCUCCUAGCCAUCCAGCUGCCAGCCCAGUCCAGCACCCACAGCACCCGCAGGCAGCAGCAGCGGCAGCAGCAGCCCAGGCCCUCCACCUGGCCAACCAGCCCCCACAGCAGCAGAUGUACUCGGCCUUGGCGCCCACGCCCCCCUCCAUGACCCCGGGGCCCAACCCUCAGUCUCCCCAGGCAUCGUUCCCCUCUGCCCAGCAGACUGUCUAUAUCCACCCGCAGCAGGUGCAGCACGGCUACAACCCCAACCACAUGGCACACGUGCAGCAGGCCCAUAUGCAGUCUGGUAUAGUACCGUCUCACCACCCGGCACCCACCCACCCCCCGAUGAUGCUGAUGGCUACCCAGGGUCCUCCAGGGGGUCCACAGCCACCCAUGCCCCAGACUGCCCUCAACCCCAUCCCUGUUUCCUCCACCACACAUUUCUCCUACCUGGCACAUCCACAAGAACGAAGACUGGAUAUUGUCAGCUUUUACACUGAAGGCACAUUAGGAAGAAAUCUCUUGCAGCCUCAUCAUCAGCAGCAGCUGUAGAUAGAGGGCGCCAGUGAGCUGAGGGACCCGCUCUGCGUCGCGCUUCUCAACCAGAGCCUUCAUAACCAGGCGAUGAAGAGAAUGAGAGCCCUCCCUCUCCUCUCUUUCCUCAUCCUCACCAGACAUGCUUCACAUCAGCUUUUCUCUUCCUUCCCUCCCCUCCCCUCCCCUCCCUCCC